AUGGCAAGGGGCUGGAAACCUUUAGAUGUGGCUGUUAUCGGUGGCGGCAUUGGUGGUCUAGCAGCAGCAACAUCACUCCGUCGAGCGGGUCACAGCGUGACUAUCUAUGAGCAAGCCCACUUUGCUGGAGAAGUCGGGGCCUCGAUUAGUUGUGCUGCCAAUGGCACACGGUGGCUGGAAGAAUGGAACGUCGACAUUUCUAUCGGCAAGACAGUGGUGUUGCAGAAACUGAUCCGCCACGACUGGAAGACUGGCGAGGUACAGAGUGUCUAUGACCUUUCAGACUACAAGGAUCAAUGGGGAUGGGUCUACAACAUGUUUCACCGCGUGAAUAUGCACGAGAUGCUCAUGGAUUCAGCCACUGGCCGUGGCGAAGGGACUCCAGCGAAGCUGCGGUUGGAUCACAAGUGCAAGGAAAUUGAUCACGAGCAGGGGAUCGUGACGUUUGAAAACGGACUUGUUGCACAGCACGACAUGAUUGUGGGAGCGGACGGGAUCGGAUCUGCUGUGAGGCGUACCUUAGGAAUAAUCCCGACCCGCAAACAAUCCACCUCGACCUGCUACCGCUGCGUGAUCGAAACCAGCAAAGUAUCUCGGCUUGGCCUCCUCGAUUUGACGCGCAACUGUGCCAUUGAAUUCUGGGGCGGUGUGGGAAUUGAAAAGAUUGUCUACUCACCGUGUCGUUCUGGGGAAAUCAACAGCUUUUACUGCUUCUUUCCGACAUCAAAGUCCGACCACGCAUCCGAGGGGUGGAACCACGAAGCCAGCGUGGAGGAACUGCUCGCCCCGUUUCCUGACCUGGACGAGAGACUGCUGGCGUUAUUCCGACACUCAAAAGACAUCAAGCCGUGGCGCCUGUUCGUGCACGAACCCUACCCGCACUGGACGAUCGGCCGGACAUGCGUCCUCGGUGACGCUGCGCACCCGAUGCUCCCGGAUCAGAGCCAGGGGGCGUGCCAGGCGAUUGAAGAUGCCGCCGCGCUGGGCAUCAUCUUCGGCCCUGAAUAUACUUACACCUCGGACGUCGCAGCUGGCCUUGCCCUGUACGAGUGGAUUCGGAAACCACGGGCCACGAAAGUGCAGGCCGCUAGCGCCCGGGCGCGCGAGAACAUCAACGAGCGCAUCGGCUUCUCCAGCCAGAAGAUCGGGUACAAGGCGGCGGUCGCGACGGGCAAAUUGACCAUUGACGAGAUGAACCUGUACGACAUGAGACGACACAUCGCGGACGAGGCGGCGCCCGAGCGCAAGAGUAGGAGUGAUGUGGUCCCAUCUGACGCGUUCGUUCCUGUAAAGUCGGUUUCCAGGAUGCCGGAGCAAUUUGCGAGAAUGUAA